AUGGAUAUGCACGAUAACCCGAAUCCGGAGAGGCCGCCGAGUGGGACGCCGACGCAUCCCAUCGAAAUUUCAGAUGGAUCAUCCUUUCACGGUUCACCAUACCGAGGCCCAGACAGCUAUGAAGCAAGCACCCCUCAACCCUCUAGUGGCAGUCAUUACCCGCCACUUUAUGAAGACCCGCAUAUAGGAGGGCCUUCAAACCCUGUUUCCGAGGUGGAUUCCGCGCCAGUCGCACCACCAUCACCACCACAUAUGGGUUUUGAUAACCCAAUACCUUCCUACGCUGGUGCAGCAUCGUAUAACCCUUUCGAGCAGUCGGGCCAUUCUGGUUAUAACUACUACAAUGCCCCCGAUGUUGACCCAUACCUGGUAGCGGCUAACUACAAUGCUCUUCAUCCUGAGGGGCCCUAUGGAGCUCCAUAUCAGACUGGAUACCCAGCAUAUGGGUAUCAAUAUCUGCCACCUCCUCAACCUCUGCAGCAGCAGCAGCCGUAG